AUGGAAAGUUUCUCGAGUGGUAUGAAUUUUCUGAGACGUCGUUUCAGUUCACAAGACAUUCCCGAUGAUGCAGCGGCUGCUGCUACGGCUACUGCUGCCCCUUCCAGUGCAGCCGUCAAACAGUCGCAGCCCCAAGCCCAACCACAACAAGCACCUUCCAAUGUUCAUCCGAUGCAAACCACGUCAGCCCAGAAUACCACCGCCUAUGCAACCCCAACCCUAUCGCUUACAUCUGCCCCAUCAACCUACUCGUCUUCAUCUUCUACCGCAGCACCGUCACAUCACCACCCUUCUGUGGCCCAUCAUCCACCGACUAGCAGCUUCUCAUUAGCUGGUCUAGCCAAUAAGGUCUCAAGUACGAUCAGGUCAGUCAGCACUCACUAA